UACACAUCCCUACAUUAUUAUCCUAAAAAUACAAAAUACAAAAACAAAAGAAACAAGUUGAGGUGAGUGUAAGUGGAGGUGGAGGUGAGAGUGGGAAGCACCAUCAACAUCAUCUUCAUCAUUGGGUGUGCUACAUUGGGCUCCAUGGUGAGUUGCUACAUCUAGUUGUUGUGGAAUAUGCUAAAGAUUGUUUCUUUAACCAAACCCAUUCUGGGGUUUGUAAAUCUUGAAGCUUUUUCACUUUUUCAGACAUCAAUAUGCAUAUAGGUUCACGCCAACACGAUUUGGGUUCGGUUAGUGGCCAGAGCUUGGAUGGAAGUUUCAGAAAGACUGAAUCAGUUAUAUCUUCACGUAGUGCAUCGAGCUCAAAACAAACAUUUAAAGCAACUAAAGAAUGUGCAAGAAACCUUAACGACGUUUCUUUAUUCACACAACAUCUUGAAGAAUGGAUCAUAGAGAAUUCACAUGAUGCUGAUCACGGUUUCAAGUCACCAUUUCUACUUGAUGACUUACAAAACCUUGACUUCGCAUUGGAAUCUGUUUUAUUUCAACAGUUACAUCGUAUGCCCUGCUCUGCUCAAUCCACAUACAACUCAAAAGAACUAGAAUUCUUAGCACUCGAAGAUUUCUUGCAUGCAAUUUCUGAUUCAUUAUCGCAUUCACUAUGGGAUAAAAACGGGCCAUCUCCAUAUUCUGUAUGGUGUCCUCGGUAUUCUGGAUCCAAGUUUUACACAGUAGAGAAAGCAAUAUCGAGAAGAAGACUUAAUUCUCUCUGUGGUGCUGCUUUAGUAUUGAGAAACGAAACCGACCCACAUGUGCGGUGGGAUCAGGUGGUCCAGUUUGCAGUUUUCAGACCCCAAAUCAGCAACGAAAACAAUCUAACUUUGUCAUCUUCUUCCAUAUGUGAGGCUCUAUUUUUUGCUGUACGUAUAUUGCUUUCAAGAACAUUAAGCAAGUAUGCGACUGCCAGCAAUGAUUGUGUUUAUGUUUUAGUUCUUGAUUCCAACUUUGGCGGUGUGGUUAAACUUGAGGGUGAUUUGAGUAAGCUUGAAUUGAUGUCGGGUAAUCCAUAUCUGUCAAUGGUGAAUUGGAUUAAACAUUAUGCGGAAGUUAAUGUCUCUCAAGUUGAUCGUAUAUGGAACAAGUUAGGGAAUGCAAACUGGAGAGACCUAGGAUGUUUACAAAUAAUUUUAGCGACAUUUUACUCGAUCGGUCAGUGGACUGGAGAAUCAAAAAGGUCGAUAAUGUCAUUAGCAACGGAUCACAGUCGACGUCUUCACGAGCGGAGGAUCGAGAGACGGCUGGUUGGUGAAGGUGAAACAUCGAUAAUACCCUUUGACCAUGGUGCAGAAUUUGUUAAAGUUGAGAACAAGCAUGACCAAGACCAUCGAGAUCACCGGUUGAAGCUCGAAAAAGGAGAAAUCUUGGAAUUAGAAGAUCUUCAAGAUCGUUUUCAGGUACACGAACUGUUGCAAGGAUGGAACGGGUGUUGCUAUGAAGCUUUUUCUUUAGAAUUUCCAACGGAACCGUUGAUGUUAUAUGUGGGUGCACACCCGAGCAGGUUAGAACCUUCAUGGGAGGAUAUGAGUCUCUGGUAUCAAGUCCAAAGGCAAACGAAAAUCUUGAACAUUUUUCGGGAUCAAGGAAUCUCUAGCAAAAACCUUCCUCAAAUCGUUGCUAAUGGAAGGCUCUUACAUUUGGGUACUUGUACACGACAGAGCCCAAAAGGGCGGUGUGAUCAUUCACUAUGCGGUACGCCAAUACUAGUCGUUCAUCCAGUUGGUGAGCCAGUAUCCACGAAAUCAAUCCCAUUCACUUCUGACGAUGCAAUCCGUUGCUGCCGGGACUGCCUCUUGGCUCUGAGAAGUGCCAAGUCAGCAAACGUCCAGCAUGGCGACAUUUGUCCUGAAAACAUCAUAACAACAAACGGUUUCUAUAUUUUAGUUUCGUGGGGUCGUGCAGUUUUGGAUGAUAAAGACACAUGUCCUGCAGUGAAUUUACAGUUUUCAUCUUCUCAUGCUCUACAACACGGUAAACUUUGUCCUUCUUCAGAUGCCGAGAGUCUAGUAUACCUUCUUUACUUCAUUUGUGGAGGGCAAAUGGCAACCCCACAGCAAGUUGAUUCUAUUGAAUCAGCAUUGAAAUGGCGUGAAAGAUGGUGGCGAAAAAGGGUAAUUCAACAGUAUCUUGGUGAAGUUUCGUCUUUGUUAAAGGCAUUUGCUGAUUACAUUGAUGGUAUCGUAGGAACGCCUUAUACAGUUGAUUAUGAUGUUUGGGUUGAACGGUUUAAUAAAAUGGUGGAUGGCAGUCGUAACAGGGGUAAGGUGAUCGAACAAGCGUUGAGAAUCGAAGAUGUUGGCGAGUCUUCGGGAAUCAGUGAAAGCAAUUGAUGAAAUGGAUUGUUUAGUUUGUAGGAUUUGUGUAAAACCACUAUUUUUUGACUGGUGUUUAUGAGCUCUUUUCUUUUUUUGAAGUAUCUUACUGUUUUUCACCAUUGUUGUUGUUCCCAAUUGCAAUAGAAAAGGUCUUGCAAGUGUCUUCAAAGAUGAAUAUAAUUGUCUGUUUUGUGUUUUCAA